UUAUUUUGCCUUCAUGAUCUUGUGAGUUGUGUCCAAGGCCAAUACAAAGAAAACAAUUUUCAUUGCUACUCGAAGUGGGGUGUGGGUUUUGGUCGAGCUUUUUCUGGUGUUUUGAUGGCUAGUGCUCUUUCGAAACUGAGGAAGCAAUUUUGUUUUUCAGGAGCUAUCGAAGAGAAGUCAGGAAAGACAAGACCCUCAUCCCUGCCCGGCGAACUAUGCCGCCACUUUUCUCUAGAUGAAAUCAAAACAGCAACCCACGACUUCACUAAAGAAUUGAUUGUCAGUGAGGGUCCCUUUGGCAUACUAUAUAAGGGUUUCAUUGACAAGGUUAAAUCCCGGCCUGUGGCGAUAAGGCGCUUGAAGAAGAGUAAUAUUUCAUGGCAAGGUGAAGAAAUGUACAGGACUGAGACUCUAUUGCUCUGUCAAAUUCGCCAUGUCCACCUCAUUCCCUUCAUCGGAUACUGCACAGAUGAGGGUGAGACGAUCCUCGUCUACGACUUCAUGGCCAACAAAAUGCUCCGCGACCACCUCUACGACACCGACAAGGCCCCCCUUCUGUGGAAACAGAGGCUCCAGAUUUGCAUCGGAGCGGCGCGUGGCUUGCACUACCUACAUACGGGGUUGAAGUACACAGUUAUCCACAGUAACGUGAAGACGACCAAUAUUCUCUUGAACGAGAAAUGGGUAGCCAAGCUUUCAGAUUUCGGACUGUCCAAACAGGUUUUGACUAACAUUAAGUCCGGCAACCUCAUCGUGGACACGGAGGAUACGAGGGGACCUUUGGAUUUUGGAUUGUCCGAACAGAUUUCGAGUAACACUACGGCUAGUUACAACGACUUAGGUUGUUACACUACGACGGUAUCGGGUACGUUGGGAUAUUUGCAUCCGGAAUACGGAUAUUUGGAUCCGGAAUACGCUAUGAGCCGACUACUGACAGCAAAAUCCGAUGUAUAUUCCUUCGGCGUGGUGCUCUUGGAAGUAUUAUGUGCCCGAAAACCACUGGAUUUUACACUGAAGGAGGAGCAAAUUUAUUUGGUCGACUGGGCCCGAGAAUGCAACGAGAAUGGGAGCAUGGGAAAAAUCAUAGAUCCCUAUCUGAAGGGGAAGAUAGCUCCAGAAUGCUUCAAGCUGUGCGUGGAGGUAGCGAUGACUUGCUUGCAACAUCAGGGGAUCCAACGGCCUACGAUGGUAGAUGUGAUGGAAAAGCUCGAACUUGCACUGGAGCUGCAAGAGAAGGCGGAUUCGGAGGGGGAGAAGAUGAUCAGUGCUGGGAGUGACAUAAUGGAAGAUUUGUCCACAAAUUGACAAACACACCCGAAUUGAUCUCGCAAAGCUUCUCCCGGGGUUUGAGGAAGAAGUUGUGCGGAAUCCUUUUUUUUUUUUUUUUUUUUUUUCUGAUAAAUAGAAGUUGUGCGGAAUCUUUGAGCCAGAUAUUUGUUUUAGGAAAUAAUGCUGUUGAAAACGAUGCCAUUUGUUCUUUGAAUCCUGAAGUUUGACAUUAUGAAUGAUGUGUCGGGACCUUGGGAAGAAUUUUCAGGGCACAUGGAAAAAUGGUAAGAGCCAGAUAAUUAAAUGUUCCCACUGUGUGCAAGGAAAAGUGAAAUGUAAAUUUUUCGUUUGGGUGGAUAUACUUCA